AUCUCCUUCUCCCCCUUCCACACCUCCUCUCUCUCUCUCUCUCUCUCUCUCUCUCUCUCUCUCUCGCGAUCGAUCGAUCGAUCGCGAUCCCGUUCUCCAUUAAUGGUGGACGAGCCCAACGAGCUCUAAUCGAGAAGAACGAUCUCUAAUCGAGCUCGAUCGUCGCCUCCUCGGUUCUAUCGACCUCUGGAUCGUCCGACGAGAAGCAUUUGUUUGUUCUACAUUGUGCUCCUUUUUGGUUAGAUUUGGUCGAGAUCUACGAGGAUUAGGAGGGAUGAGUGGAGGAGGCCUCCUCGAGAUCCAACCAAACGAGCUCAAAUUCCCAUUUGAGUUGAAAAAACAGAGCUCGUGCUCCAUGCAACUUACGAACAAGACUGACCAGUACGUUGCUUUCAAGGUUAAAACAACCAACCCUAAGAAGUAUUGUGUCCGCCCCAAUACGGGAGUUGUUUCACCUGGCUCAACAUGUGAUGUCACAGUUACAAUGCAAGCUCAGAAGGAGGCUCCACCUGACAUGCAAUGUAAAGACAAGUUUCUUAUACAGAGUGUUGUUGCAGAGAAUGGUGCAACUCCUCAGGACAUCACCCCUGAAGUGUUCAAUAAAGAAACAAGUAAAGUUAUCGAUGAGUGCAAGCUGCGUGUUAUUUAUGUCCCUGGCAAUCAUCCCUCACCAGUUCAUGAAGAAUCAGAAGAAGGAACUUCCCCAAGAUCAUCCAUGUUGGAAAAUGGGGGUCGAACUCUAUUUGACUCUGCAUCUAGAUCCAAUGAUGAACCUGUAAAGGAGAAGUCUUCAGAGAAAGUUAAAAAGUUCAGAUGGUCAAAGAGAAGCAACAUGAGCACCCAACAUGAUGGCAAAAGCAACAUGAACACCCAACAUGAUGGAGCUGGACAUGAUUUCCAAGUUGACCCAGGAGAAGACUUCUGCCAUUCAGCAAAAUCAGAAGCUCCGCCAAGAGUUGGAACUGCUAAUGAGAGAAAAAGGCAAGCAUCACGGUGGCUUCUCCUUCACAUUUUUGGUGCUUGUGGGUCUCCUGGGAGUUCUAAUCGGGUAUCUUAUCAAGAAGACAUAGAGGUAAGCAGCUCUCGGAUUUACGUUAUAUCGCGGAACUUCAAUACAAAUUGUAAAAGAAUGUUCUCAGUGUUCUUGUAUGUGCCAUAUGUUGAUUCAUCAUGUUUUAGGUUUAAGAUACCGAAUCGAUUUUUAAAGACAAAAUUACAUAUUGUUUGGGAGCCAUGAUACUGCACAAUUUUACACUCCAUUUCCAGUUACUGAAUUGUUUCCCUCUGCUA